AUGGAUCUAACGCUGAGUGCAUGUAGCUACACGGCGGAGAAUCUAUACGUUGUCAAUUCCACUGAGCCUCAAAUGAUGUUCCCAAGUGGCUACGUGGAAUGCACCAAAGCCACUGGAACCGACACGGCACUUUGCGAGAUCUGUUCGUGUCGUGAGAAGAAAAUAGCGUCGGUGGCUGGAGUGACAGUCGCUUGGGUCGUGUGCGUCGGAUCGGGAGAUGCUACGGCGUGUACGAAUAAUGCCACAUCCGUUCAAGAAUUCUGUGCGAGCACGAACGAUUCUAGUGGGUCCAGCUCCUGCGACGGGUUUAGCACCAACGUCGGCGACUCCUCUUCCUGUAACAUAUCCGAAGUCAUCACCAACGGCAGUGGUGCUAGCGCAGAUGUGAGCUUAACCCCUACAACAACUGCGCCAAACACCAGCGUCGAUACUAGCGUAGAUGAAGGUAGCGCAGAAUCGAGCUCGUCUUUGGCAGCAAUUGACACAAGUGGAAGCAUGGACACCAGCGCGGAUGUCGGUAGCAGUGAUGCUGUAAGCGAAGAAACCAGCUCCAUCUCAUCGAAAACUGGCUCAGGUUCUCGCAUUGAUGGUAGCAGCUCAAGCAGCUACAAUAUUUCAAGUUCGGUCGGGUCAAACUCAGCGCCAAAUCUCUCGUCAGCAUCAAGUGACAUAGAGGUGAAGAUCCCGACGCCAUCCUCUGAAAUAUCGAGAUCUCAGGCUACGAGCGAAGACAAUGUCGUCCCUGCUGAUGUCGGUACGGUAGAGCCUGCUCAAACCAACACGGCCACUUCGACGGAGCAAAACAUCAUCCGUCCGUCCGACAACGAAUCGUCGAACGAAUUCGAUACCAACAACGGGGCAUCCCCCACUUCCGACUGGUCUGGAACGCGGUUAACAGCAAUGAUCACCAUUCUCUGUGGUAUCGCUGCCGUCGCUGGCAUUGCAGUCUUCGUUGCAGUGCGAAGGGAUCAAGACAGGAAGAACAAGGAGCUUGAAACACCCAUCGACGACAGCGAUUCCUCCUUGGCCACACCGACGACGAGCAGUCUAGAUGAGAGGUACUGCAAAGGAAGACGCGGUCGAACAGGCUUGGUUGACACGAGCGACAACACCGUGCUGGCCUCGAUCGUCGUGAUCGGUGCUAACGACGACUUACUCGCCCCUGUUGGCUACUCUUCGGGGCGACAGUACCGGUCGUUCUCUGGAAAAAUGUCAGGUAGCUACGCUCGCACGGAGAGUGUAAAGGCCAGCGACGGUGAGAUGCGCUUGGAUAACAGCUACCUUAAUGUCGCUCCAGCUUCACAAUUGCAGUUCAACAUCUCGCACGGCCCGUCCUCGUCGGAUCUGCCUUUGCCCACGCACGACCCAAUAUUCGACACAUCCAACACAAAAGUGAGUUUCUCGUCGAGUAUGAACUCCGAUAGUGCACAUCCACCAAGUGAGCGCAUGUAUGAGUCGGAGGAUAUCUCAAGUGACUCAUUCCGAAGGAUUUCAGCAACGUAUAGUGUGGGUUCUGGACGAGACUCGGUUCCCUCAUUAGAGCCUGAAAACUCCCCAGACCAGGAGGCAAACUUAGUCGUAUCCAACACAACUAGGAGCUUCGCUUCGAGUCUCUCGAGCAUUGAGUUCGCAUUACGUGAUACAGAAGCAAGCGAACACAUUCAUCCGUCGGAGCUAGGAACCACUUCGAGCCGCAUCGCCCUGUCGUUCGAAUCGAACUUCGGUGUAGGUUCUGGGAGUCUUAGUGGUGGUCAUCGACACCACGAGAACUAG